CGCGCUGAUUUGCAUGACGGGGCGAGGCCAUUGGCGCGCAGCGCCUGGAGGGCGGGGCUUCGCGGGGCUUAUUUGUAUACAAGGUGGGGCGCCUCGGCUUCGAUGACUCCGCCUCCCGUCGGGCGCGAGGGACUGCGGAGUUCGGCGUGCGUCCGCCGUCCAAUCGGGUGGAAGGGAGCGGCCGGAAGCGGCGCUUUGGUGCCGCCCCCUUCCGGUUCCGGCCAGUCGGAGCGAGCGCGUCGGAGCGAAAUGAAGCUGCUCACCCACAAUCUGCUGAGCUCGCAUGUGCGGGGGGUGGGGCCCAGAGGCUUCCCUCUGCGCCUCCAGGCCGAAGAGGUGCGCAUCCACCACGUGGAGUUCAACCCGGAAUUCGUGGCGCGCAUGAUCCCCAAGGUGGAGUGGACGGCACUUCAGCAGGCGGCGGACAGCCUGAGUUUGGCCGAGGUGCCCAACGGGCCGGUUGAGGGGUACGAGAACGAUGAGGAGUUUCUGCGGAAGAUGCACCACGUGCUGCUGGAGGUGGAGGUCAUGGAGGGGACCCUGCAGUGCCCAGAAUCAGGACGUCUGUUCCCCAUCAGCCGUGGGAUCCCCAACAUGCUGCUGAACGACGAGGAGACCGACACUUAGCUCGCCAACCCGCCAUCUGUUCCCAGUGUGACUUUGUAUAUCUGUGAAAUCCUGUGUCCGUGACCCCCGCCCCCACUUGGCCCAGUGAUUCAGCCAGCCACACGUUUGAGCUCGAUAUUAUAUAUAUUUUUUUCUCAUUAAAGGUUCAAAACCAAAA